AUGGCCAUGGUGGUGCCACGAGGACCCAUCCAGGCCAAGGGCCUGCUGCUGGCAGCCAUCCGCAGCCCGGACCCCACGCUGGUCUUCGAGCCAAAGGUCUUGUACCGCCAGGCGGUGGAGGAGGUGCCAGUGGAGGACUUCGAGCUGCCGAUCGGCAAGGCUGAGAUCGUCCGGGAGGGGAAGGAUGUGACCUUGAUCGGCUGGGGCAAUCAGGUGCAUCGGCUGCUGAAGGCGGCAGACCUUGCAUCGGAGGAGGGCAUCAGCUGUGAAGUCAUCGACCUCCAGUCGCUGAUCCCCUGGGAUGAGGAGACCGUCCUGGCCUCCGUCUCCAAGACGGGGCGCUGCGUGGUGUCCCAUGAGGCGCCCAAGACCAGCGGCUUCGGCGCCGAGUUGGCCUCCACGGUGCAGGAGCGUUGCUUCUUAAAGCUGGAGGCGCCUGUGCAUCGGGUGUGUGGCUGGGACACGCCCUUCCCCUUGGCCUACGAGGAGUUUUACCUGCCCACUCCGCUGCGGGUCCUGGAUACCGUGAAGAAGAUCCUGGAGUACUAA